GCGGAACGCGCGAACCCCAUGCGGAUGUACCGCGACGUAAAAUGGCGGCGUGAGAGAGGCUCGUUCAAAACACGGCGGUUUCAUGAUCUUUUAUUCAUUGAGUGUUUCUUUUACCCCGUGAAGCAGUUUGAGUCUCGCCGCUGAAGCGGCCCCGCGUCGCCCGGAGCUGCCACACCGUUACCCCGCGUCUACGACCCGGAAGAAAAGGGGCAGAGGGGGGAGGAGGGUCCCUGAGCAGACAGGCGGAGGUCAGGAACUUCUUCUUCUGUACCGGUGUCACAGAGCAGGUGUGAUGGCGAAGAGGAUCGCCGACAAAGAGCUGACGGACCGGAACUGGGACCAGGAGGAGGAGGGGGAGGAGGCGGGAAUGUUUUCAAUCGCCAGUGACGAUGUGAUGAAGAACCGAUCGAUCAAAAAGGCCAAACGCAGGAACGUUGGAGCGGAGGGCGAAGUUCCCGGAGCGUUCAAAGGUUUUAAAGGGUUUUCUCUUACCUCGGCGGCGGCGGUGGCGUCGAGCGGCGGCGGCGUCUCCGCUCCGACCGGGUUCUCUGGGUUCGGUAAUGGAGGAGGAUUCAAAGGUCUCAGCAGUCUGACCAACGGAAACAGCGUCACGCCGUCCUUCGGAGGUUUCUCACCAGGUCUCACAUUCAACAGCCCCGCCUCCGCUGACAUCACGGCCAAGCAGACCAAUGGCUCGUCCCCGAGCCCGGCUCAGAGCUCAGGCAGCAGCAGCAGUAACAAGGAGUACAGUCGACAGCUCACCGCCCUCAACUGCUCCGUACGAGACUGGAUCACCAAACACGUGAACGACAACCCGCUGUGCGACCUCAACCCCAUCUUCAGGGACUAUGAGCGACACCUGUCCAGCAUCGAGCGGCAGUACGGAGCCGCCGCCGCCACUCAGCCCGACGGAGGCUCUGAGGAGAAGAAGACGCUGCCGUCCACAGCCUCCCCUCCUCCUCCUCUUCCUCCUGCCUCCUCCUCCUCCUCCUCCUCGCCGGCUCCGGCCGCCGGUCUGUUCUCCUUUGCCAAAAAACCCACAGACGACUCAACCCCUGACAAAGGCUCCGGCGCCGCUCCGAUCCCCGCCGGCAUUACGUUUAACUUCGGCCAGAAGGUCGACAGCUCGGUCCUCGGGUCCUUAGGGUCCAAGACCAUGAGCCCCAGCUUCUCCUUCUCCACUUCCUCCGGUCAGAACUCCAUGUUCGGAUCAUCUGCUGCUCCGUCGUUCAGCGGGACGAAGGCUGAGGACGCUCGACCCGCAGACGAGAACGCGGACGAAGAGACGGACGAGCCCCCCAAACCCGACAUCAAGGAGGUGAAGGAGGACGACGCGUUCUACUCUAAGAAGUGUAAACUGUUUUAUAAGAAGGACUCAGAGUUCAAGGAGAAAGGAGUCGGAACUCUACACCUUAAGGAGACGACAGAGGGAAAGACUCAGAUGAUCAUCAGGGCCGACACCAACCUCGGGAACAUCCUGCUGAACGUCAUGGUGCAGGCGUCCAUGCCGUGUUCUCGGGUCGGGAAGAACAACGUGAUGGUGAUCUGCGUCCCCAACCCGCCGGUCGACGACAAGAACCCCGGCAGCCCCGUGCCGCUGCUUGUCCGGGUCAAGACGGCAGAGGACGCCGACGAGCUGCACAAGACGCUGGAGGAGAAGAAAGGCUGAGACCACGCCCCCCCCUGAGCUUUUAGCAGGUUCCACCUGGUUGUCCUCAUCACUCACACACACACACACACACACACACACACACACGUAUCACUCAUCAAUCAGUUGUUUCAGUACAUCGCUCGUCAUCAUACUGUGAAAUAUUUCUGUUUCGAAUCAAAUGUCAUCAGAAGCAGGUCGACGCCGUCGUUGUCACAUUCCUCCCCUCGUCCUCGUCCUCCGCUGCGACGACGGGAACAAGACGCCGACUCGGAUACGUGAGAUUAAUAAUAAUUAUGAUGAUUAUUAAUCGUGUGACAUCUACGAUCGUUCCCACCGAGGUUCUUUUGGGGGAAAAGCUCCAAAUUAAAAGGUCCAGUCGAUUUGGUUUUACAAAUUAAAUCUUCACAUAACAGUUGAUUUUUUUUAUUUAGAGUGUCUGAUGUUUUGUUUUUUUGCUCUGGAAACUAUUUAUUGCGUCGUCGUCAAGUGAACCUGGUGAAGAACGUUUCCCCUGAACGUGAAAGCGUCCGGUUACUUUGACUCUCGCUCUGUUUCUGUGAACAUGGACUCUGUUGUUUUUUCCAAGUGUCCUUCGUGUGACCUCUGUGUGACCUUUCGGUUCGGCCUCGGAGACGAGGCGUCGCCUUCGUCAUCGUCUCUGAACAUUUGUCAAGAGGAAUAAAAAGGAAACAAACAAACAAA